UUGAGCACUGGGGACCAAGCAGCAAAAGGAAACUAUGGCCUCCUUGAUCUCAUUCAAGCUUUGCGAUGGACUAGUGAAAAUAUUGGGUUCUUUGGUGGUGACCCAUUAAGAAUAACUGUUUUUGGAUCUGGUGCAGGCGGUUCAUGCGUCAAUCUGUUGACUUUAUCCCAUUAUUCUGAAGGUAACCGUUGGAGCAAUUCAACCAAAGGACUUUUUCAAAGAGCAAUAGCUCAAAGCGGAACAGCUCUCUCCAGCUGGGCAGUUAGCUUUCAGCCUGCAAAAUACGCCAGGAUGUUGGCUACAAAAGUUGGUUGCAACAUGUCAGACACUGUAGAAUUGGUAGAGUGUCUACAGAAGAAGCCUUAUAGAGAACUUGUCGACCAGGACAUUCAACCAGCAAGAUACCAUAUAGCCUUUGGACCAGUAAUCGAUGGUGAUGUGAUACCAGAUGAUCCUCAGAUAUUGAUGGAACAAGGAGAAUUCCUCAAUUAUGAUAUCAUGUUGGGAGUUAACCAAGGGGAAGGGUUAAAAUUUGUUGAAAAUAUUGUGGAUAGUGAAGAUGGCAUAUCAGCUAGUGAUUUUGACUUUGCGGUUUCCAAUUUUGUCGAUAACUUGUAUGGAUACCCUGAAGGCAAAGAUAUAUUGAGGGAAACUAUUAAAUUUAUGUACACAGACUGGGCAGAUCGACACAACCCUGAGACUAGAAGGAAAACACUGCUGGCUUUGUUUACUGAUCACCAGUGGGUUGCACCAGCAGUAGCUACAGCAGACCUUCACUCAAAUUUUGGAUCCCCUACAUAUUUCUAUGCCUUCUACCAUCAUUGCCAGACAGAUCAGGUACCUGCAUGGGCAGAUGCAGCCCAUGGAGAUGAGGUUCCUUAUGUACUAGGAAUCCCCAUGAUUGGUCCUACUGAAUUAUUUCCUUGUAAUUUCUCCAAAAAUGAUGUCAUGCUAAGUGCGGUGGUGAUGACGUACUGGACAAACUUUGCUAAAACUGGUGACCCAAAUCAACCAGUGCCGCAAGAUACAAAAUUCAUCCAUACAAAACCAAAUCGUUUUGAAGAAGUAGCAUGGACCAGAUAUUCUCAGAAAGACCAACUGUAUCUUCACAUUGGAUUAAAACCACGAGUUAAAGAACAUUAUAGGGCCAAUAAAGUGAACCUUUGGUUGGAACUGGUACCUCAUCUGCACAAUCUUAACGACAUUUCACAGUAUACCUCUACCACAACUAAAGUGCCAUCAACUGAUAAUACUUUCAGACCAACAAGGAAAAAUUCCGUUUCUGUUACUUCAGCCUUUCCUACAGCCAAACAAGAUGAUCCCAAACAACAGCCAAGCCCAUUUUCAGUGGAUCAAAGGGACUAUUCAACAGAAUUGAGUGUUACUAUUGCAGUUGGUGCAUCGUUGCUGUUCCUGAACAUUUUGGCCUUUGCAGCAUUGUACUACAAAAAAGACAAGCGGAGACAUGAUGUUCAUAGGAGAUGUAGCCCACAACGUACUACUACCAAUGAUCUCACCCAUGCACAAGAAGAGGAGAUAAUGUCCCUCCAAAUGAAGCACACUGACUUGGAUCAUGAAUGUGAGUCCAUCCAUCCACAUGAGGUGGUUCUUAGGACCGCCUGUCCCCCAGACUACACUCUAGCUAUGAGAAGGUCUCCUGAUGAUAUUCCCUUAAUGACACCCAACACCAUCACAAUGAUCCCCAACACUAUACCAGGGAUUCAACCCCUACACACAUUCAAUACAUUUACUGGAGGACAGAACAAUACUCUGCCCCAUCCUCAUCCCCACCCCCAUUCACACUCAACAACCAGGGUAUAGCCAGACAAGACGAAACAAACUUUAUUUUUUGAUGGAUUACAGUAGGUGAUAUUACUGAAGAUUACUUGGCUUUCAACCUACAAGACUCUUACUAUUUAAAUAUGGAGGAAUAUUAUGUGAAUAUACAUAUCAAGAACUUUGGGGUUUUGAAAAAAAUGAAUUGUACAUAUAUCAAAUGAACUUAAGAAACAAACAAACAAAACAAAAAAAUAAAAAACCCAACUGUUCACAAUUGCUUGAAGCAGUUGUCCUGAAUGAUACUUUUUCAUUCACAUUCAAGUAUUAAUUUUUUGAAGAUUUAAGUUACAUAAUGGAAUUAGGCAUGUGCAACACAAACGGGAAAGAACUAUGACUGAGAAUUUUGAAAACCUAUAAAUAUGCACAAGGGACACACUAAUGGAAUGUCAGAUAAUUUUCACCAAUUUUUAUUUGGACCUGUUUUAUUGUGUAGACCAUAUUUACAUAUUUGAAUAAGUACACAAAGCACCAAUGCUGUUAAGGCCUUAGAAAGGGGCUCAUGCUGAAAUCUGCCAGUCAAAGAAGUUUUACAGCCUGGCAGGUACAACAUUAUCACAUAAGUGCUGUCAGUAUAAAAGUUGUGGGAAUAAAGGAAACUGGGUAUUUUUAGCACGAUGUGCAUGAUAAUUUAUAUGCUUGGUGGCUGUGCUGCUGAUUAAGCCGUAAUUAAAAUUCUUCUCAUCCCAUUGGAGUUUUUAAAUAGAAGCUUUCUCCAUCAAUUGGCACAACCUAAAGAAGUUUUCUAAAGGGGCAAAAGUAAUUACAGUAAAUUUUUUCACAGUAGCUUCAGAAAGAGAAGGAAUUGCAACAGUUCUUAAAGGUGUUUAUGGCAUUCUAGGCAUACAGUGGUGAACCCUCGUUGAUACGAAUCCCAGACAAAAAAAUCUGUAUUGUUAAUGUUCUUUUGCCUUUCCACCUAAAUAAUUUCUAACUUUAACGUAACUAUAACUUUGAUGGAAUCUCCUUUGAUGAAGGAUCGAUAAUUUGCUGUGAUUUAUUUACAAGGUGUUUAGUUCAAAUUGGUAAGGUAAAGUGUGUCCAAAAACUUUCAUUGCGAUGAUAUUUUGCAAUAUAAAAAUGCCCCAAUAUUACUGCUCUGAUUACACCUUUCCGUUUAUUGUUUAAACUUAUGUUGCAUGUUACAAAGUUUACUUACAAUACUUUCAUAUAAAGUUAAUUCCCUUUUUGCUAUACAUUAGCUUUGCCAUUCAAAUUAACUCUCUAGACCAGAUGGCAACCGUGUAGAAAAAGAGGCUAUGUAAGGACGGGGAGAGAGCCAACAACUGGAAAUCUUAAAAUCUGACUACUACAUAUGUUUGUGUGAUCUGAAAUGAAUGUUCUAAAAUCACAAGAAAUUUUUCAUUCCCCUGUUGCUUUCCAGAAAUUAUAUACCAUGGUCCUUUCAAAAUGUUUGUAUAUGUAAUCAGAUGUACAUUUAUAUAAAAGAAAUAAUUGAGAUGGACUUAAGAGCACAUCCCUGAUAAAUACUUUCUCUCUUACCUGUACUAUAUUUCUAUUAGACUAAAGUUAUGUGAUUUUUUUUUACAUUUUUUCAAAUUACUAGCAAUUUUGAUAGUUUGUAAGAUAAUGCGAAGAACUUUCUCUGACAAACUAACUGCAGUAACAGAAACAUUUCUUUUCAGUUACUCUUUUUCAAGAAUGAAAGCUUAUUACACACAAAAAUUGUAUACUACUUGAUGGAAAAUUUCUUUGUACUUCUUGGCCAUAUUACUGGUCACUGAGUGAAAUAAAGAUAAUCUGGAUAACGAA